UCCUCCCAUUCUACAUCACAGAAUAUGUCCUCACUCUCACGAUUGCCUCUUCGCCCUCUCAAUUUCCAGCCGCUACGACGUCGUGCUCUCAUCCAAAAUCCCCGUGCGUUUAUGGGGGAUGCAAGAUUCCCUAAAGGAGAUAAGCUUAUAUUGAAGGGGUUGAAAUUCCAUGGCUUUCAUGGGGUUAAUCCAGAAGAAAAGAAGCUUGGUCAGAAGUUCUUGGUAGAUGUGGACGCUUGGCUAGAUCUUAACGAAGCUUGUAAAAGUGACAAUUUGUGUGAUACUAUCAGCUACACCGAUAUUUACAGGAUAGUUAGGGAAAUUGUGGAAGGUCCUUCUCAGAAUCUCCUUGAGUCGGUAGCUCAUCUUAUUGCAUGUGCCACCCUAAAUAAGUAUCCUCAGAUAUCCACAAUUCAAGUAAAGGUUGCCAAACCUAAUGUUGCCGUCCAUGGACAUAUUGAUUAUUUAGGAGUAGAAAUACUUAGAUACAACAAGAGAGAAGAUGUUUGACUAGCUGCACACAACAUGGUCGCUUUAAUUUUCCUCCACCUUUGCGACAUUGGUUGAGUGUAGGUGAUUUGUGAUGUUCUAAGUGUGACCUAAAUAAUGACCUUAUUGUUUAUUUUGACAUCUUCCUAUGGAUAUUAAUUUGGUUCAUUGACGAUGUUGUGUUCAUCCUUGUUCAUUUAUAUGUAUCAUCACCAUUUGGUUACA